AUGGCGAGUAGUGAUUGGUCGGUGUCUGGGUCUUCAUCACCAACAUUAUGCACUCCGCCUAAUUCUAGCUCAUCACAGCUAUCGACCAUUUCAUCAUGUUCAAGCCAGGGAAGAAACAGCGAGCAAAUCAACAGACCUUCCACAUCUCAGAUAAUGAAAACAUGGCCAGAAACAUUUCAGGUCCCUUGGGAACAAAUGCCACAGGAAAUUCGUUCUGCUAUUGCAGAUGGCAAGAGACCUAAACCAGUUGAGCGACGCCAAAUGGUACGAGUACUCGCGGAUGAAAUGAGAAGGUAUGAAGCUAACCCCACUCGCGCACAGUGCCUAACUGUGGUUCGAAAUAUCAUCAGGCAGUACCCAAAGAUUUUUGCUGAUAUUGCACCAGAUGGGUCACUUCUGUGUGGAGGUUAUACAUCACUUUUGAUUCAAUUGAAAAACCGCAUUGAGAAUGUGAACCGUGACGGAAGCUUCUCAUGCCACCGAUCCUCUACAGGCAAGAGGGGUCCAACUGACACAUAUGGUUGUACACGUUUUCAGCCAGAGCUACCCCCAGAAGAAACCGAUGACACUGUGGAGCAGCACCGCCAGAGACUGGAGGAGAUUUACAGACAAGAGGGUGCAGGUGGAGCAGAAAGAGCAGAAGUUAAAAAUCUAAUGGAGCUCACAUUCACUCUACAACGUCGCCAUAUAAAUACACUUCCACCACCUGACAUUGAAGAUAUGAAAAGCAAAUGGCCUUUUCUUUUCAUGCCAAGGUAUAUAUACGCACAUUUUGAGUUGCUCACAGACAUCAAUGUGCUUCGUAGCUUGGAACUCAGUAUGGAGGAAUGUGGAAGAGCCAUCACAGAAUACUUCAGGGGAAAACCUACCAACAAAGAUGUCAAGGAUAUCCUCUCUAAUGGUGAAGAUAAUGAGAUGGCACUUCGUGUUGUUCAAUUGCUCAUGGCACACUUUGGAGAGGACCUAACCGGACUGAUCCUCCUUACAGAUGUAAGUUUUAUUUUUUAUUUAGCCACAAAAGGGUGA